AUGAAUCCCUACCCUUGCUGGAUCUACGUGGCUAGCCUGCAGGUCAGACAGUGUAAAAUGCCACACAGCUCUGUGGACAGCAUCAGCCACAGCAGCCAGAGCAAUCCAGGAAACUCCCCAUCUUCUACUGCUUUGAACAGUAGCACUGAGCAUCUGCUGCAAAAGAAACAGAACACCAACAACAGCCGGCUUUGUAACCCAGACUUCUCGUCCUGUGGUUUAGCUCCACGCUCUCCCAGCACAUUACCUCGAUCCUAUGCCACCGCUACCGCUGCCGCCAGCAGGGACAGCCAGCUGGACAGUCUGAUGAUGCAGCACACUGAUGUGGAGAGGAAGGAGGUGUUCCUGGACCACCUGAGGCAGAAGUAUCCCCACCAUGCUGCCAUUAUCAUGGGACACCAGGACCGCAUGAAGAAACAGGUGGGGAGUCCCCGACCCUCUGAAAGCCCCACCUGUGCAGGUGUACUAGGCUUGGUGGAGCAGCAGGACCCUCUGGCCACAGAGGCCAUGUCUGAUGGAGAGGUGCUGCCCCCCACAGCCCCCUUCACAAGGGGCUGUAAAGCCAGAGCAAGUCUACCUGUGGGGCGGUCGAGUGGUCAGACAAGAGAGAGGCCCCUUGGUGUGUUGUACCUGCAGUAUGGGGAGGAGACCAAGCAGGCCAGGAUACCCACUGAGAUCAGCAGUCAGGAUUCUCUGCGAGCUCUGUUUGUCACCGCCUUCCCCCAUCAGCUCACCAUGAAGAUGCUGCAGUCUCCAAGCAUGGCCAUCUACAUCAAAGACAACAGCCGCAACGUUUACUACGACCUGGAGGACAUCAGGGGUUUAAUGGAGGCCCGGUACUGCUGCAGCCCCCCUGGGAUCCCUGUGACCCCAGCAUCCACCAUGUCUACAGCCAGAGAGGGAGGAGCGCUGCACUGGGAGGAGGCAAUGCUGAGGCGACCUCCUCCGUCCUGCAGACCGAAGAGCAGGAAGUAUGGAGACAGCCAACGUCCUCCACUGGGGACCAAAACCCCGCCCCCUUCCCCUCACAGAGUUAAUGAAGUCAAGAUGAUUGAUGGACAGAUCAUUGGAGGGGUGGGCCUAGUGUCUCCAGAGAGGAUGUCCCCGAUUCGCCGGUCCCUGCAGCGGGACAGUAACGGGGCCACAGUGGACAUUAUAAAUAGAAGUGGCUCAUCAUCCUCUACCUCGUCUGUUUUUGUGGACAGCCCUCUGGGACAACCAGAGAGACUGUUUCAGGGUCCUGUGACUGCCAGCAACACUCAGAGUGAGAGAAUGAAAGCCAUGGAGGAGCAGAUAGCCAGUCUAGCAGGACUGGUGCACCAUGCUCUGUCUAUGGGAUCAGAUGUUCCAGGAGUCAAGGACACUGUCAGUGAGCCUGCUGGACGCAAACUUUUCAACAACAGACCUGGAGUGUCCACUGAGGUGCAGAACCCUGCUGCUUUGACUGACCACUUCAGCCCUACCCCCUUGGCUCUUCAGGCUCCUCCCUCUGACAGCGGGAUGCAGCAGAGCUUGAUGUUAGCGAAGAAGAGUGUGUGUGAGCUGCGGCUGCAACUCAACCAACUGAGACACUUACAGCUGUCAAACCAGGAGAGUGUGAGUUCGAUGCUGCGUAUGGCAGGUCAGGAGCUGGUGGUGUUGAUGUGUGAUCGGUUGGCUCAGUCUGAGGAAGUAGCGUACAGAAGAAGAACUGAGAUGGAGGAGGAGAGGAUCCACUACCUGGCCACAGAGGAGAGAAUACUCUCACAGCUCAAUGAACUGGAGAAUUAUGUGGACCGUUUGCAAAGAAGCUCCGCCUCUAGUCCCGGCCGGCUAUCGAUAACUCUGAGGGACGUGGAGGAGGGAGCAGUCAACCUCCGGAGAGUUGGAGAAGCUGUGGCCAUCCUUAAAGCUCCAGCAGCACCCUCACAGCUUCCUGCAGCCACAGUGGAGCCUCCUCCUUCAGCUGCUCCCUUACCUCCUCCACCAGCUGUUCCCUCACCUUCUCCAUCAGCUUCUCCAAGCACGGAGCGCAGCAGCCGGCCACAGGUGGAGAAACCCCGUCGCUCCAGUGUGGACAAGGAGAUGAAGCAGAGUCCAGAUAGGUCCGGCAAGUCUCCUCCCCCUCCUCCUCCACGCAGGUUCCAUGCUGUCAGCUCAGGUCUUACUACAGGAAGGUCAGGAGAGGUGAUUUUGACCUCCAGGAAAGAGCCGGUUGGAGCCCAGAAUGAGGAUGAGAAAGAGAAAGUGGUGGUUCCUCAACCCAAACCCCCAAGACAGCCACCAGAGGUCAAACCCAAACCCCAGAUGUUUCUGGCCAGUUCCAGCCUAACCCCUGCCACAGACAGAGCACACAGGGACGAGGAGGAGGAAGAGGAGGAGGACAGCAAAUUCAUGAAAGAGCUGCAGGUGACUACACAACUGUCAAAUAAGACUAAUUUGCCAGGUGGAAAUAAGCUGUGGAAAAGAGAGUUGAAGACAUCUCCAAAAUCACAGGUGGCCAAUCAGAACCCUUCUGAGUUAGCAACAUCUGCCUACCAGUCAGCUCCUCAGCCACAAAUCACCGAUGGCUGCCCACGUAAACUAAUAAUAGCAGCUGGACUGGAAGAACACAGUGAAGCAGGGAAAGGCAGUGUAAGUCUUGAUAAGAUAGAGAAUGUGGUUAAACAUGUACGUUCCCUGAACAGUGCAACAAUAGAGAAGGUGCAGGUCCACCCACCUGAAGCUUUACAAGAUAUUCAAAAGAAUGAGGAGGUGCCAACACCAACCCAAAAGAAAGCAAAGAAGACGGAAGUACUUACAGUUACAACUUCCCAGAAAGAAAAUGAUAUUACUGUGAACACUCAUGAGCAGAUUAACAAGGAGGUUGUUGGACAUGUGUGCUCUCCAACCUCAGCAGAAAAGAAGGUCAAGUUUACAACAAUUGUUACUCUACAAAAAGAAAACAUGCCAGCAAGUCCUGUCCAGACAAAUGAAAGUAUCAAAGAAGUACCAGCUGAGAAGAAGUCAGAUGUAAUCGUGGUUUUAACUUUACAAAAAGAAAACACCCCAGAGGAUUGCUUGAUAGAGUUGUCACCAAAGUUCCAGCAGGAUAAGUACCUGUGCUCAGAUCAGGAGUGUGUAGCUUCUUUUCAACUCCAACAACUUCCCCCUAUUUCGCCCAUCCUGACAUACAGUCACGGCAGUAAGCAGCAGAACCAGGAGUCAACAGUGCAAGUAUCCAGGGACCAAUCUCAAUAUGCAGAAGAAGGAGGUAGCCUGAACCCAGAGAUUUGGGAUGAUGAGGGACCUCCUCCUUCACCACCUAAAAUAAGCCUUAGAAUCUCGAAGACCAGAGUCAGGACACACUCCCAAGAGGAAGACCUAACCAAAAUCAUUGGCUCUGACAUACAGAGUGUGACUGGGGACAGCACUGGUGAACCCACUUAUCGGGAAUAUGAAAAUCAAGGUUUUGAGGAUAGCAAUGACUCUGAUAUGAAACCUAUUCUUGUUAUCUUGAAUGAGCUUGAUAUUCAGUCAGCUUAUAAGCGUCUUUCCACAAUCUUUGAAUGUGAGGAAGAUCUUGAUGGGCUUCUCUCUCCGGAAAAUAUUGUGGAUGAAGAGCAGACAAAGCAAGAACAGAAACAGGACGUAAAAAACAUUUGUAUAGAUUCGGACAUCACCGGAAAUGGUCAGAGUUCUACACAUUUGCAGCAUCAAAAACCAUCAGAAGAUAAUGGGUCAAUUCCUAAAAAAAAAGAAGACCAGGAUAAACCAGACUCCCCUAGAAAGGCAGAAACCAAAAGGAAAUUCAAAUUUAAGUUCCCCAAAAACAAACUGGCUGCAAUUAGCCAGGCCAUUCGAACAGGGACGACCAAAACAGGCAAGAACACUCUUGAGGUUGUUGUCUAUGAGGAAGAGGAGGAGAAAGCACCAGAUAGCAGGCCACUGAAGGAGACCAAGAAGCAGACAAAGAAGUUUGAGAUCAACAGUACCAAACAAAUGAACUCAGGUGAAAGCAAUGCCUGUGACAGGGACAUCAAAGUCUCCUCUCCUAUUGAUACUAGACACUCAAAGUCACAUAGCCGGGUAGAGGAACUCUGCAAGAGCGCAUUUGACUCUAUUGACUAUCUAGAAGAGUCAAUUAAACAGUUGGAAAUCAGUGUGGACAGUAUAACUGCCCCUUCUUCACCCUCCUCCAUUGUGUCUUCACCUCCUCAGUCCCCUGAUUCUUCCUUUGACUCCACUGACAGAGCUCAGCAUAAGGUCAAAGUCAAACAAGAACGGGAAAGAAGCCUGUCAAAGCGACCAGCCCCUCAGAUCCUCAAAGGCCCAAAUCCACCUCAGAGUAAGAGGGCCAAACCACAGCCUCCACAUGACAAAGGGAAAACCUCCACCAAGAAACAGACCUCUAGCAGCAGCUCCAGCUCUUCUGUUCAGCGAUCCCACAUCAAGUCUCACCACUCACCCUCCUCUUGCUCACCAGAGAAGACACCUAAGGGCCAUCAGCAGGCCAUCCAGAAGCAGCCCAGCCAGGCUGACAGCAGAAGCAGUAGAGCAGCCGGGGAUAGUAACCAUUCUGUCGUUGCUUUGCGUGCCUCUAAGAUACCAGCUUUGUGCCAUAGCUCUGGGAAACACCCGUCUGCCUCUCUGUCCACUCCUCACUGCUCAGACACCACCGAUAGCCUGCAAAACUUCUCCUCUUCCCCUUCCUCCUCCUCCGCUUCUUCACCUUCAGUUUCUUCUUCCUCCUCCUUUGGGAAACACUCUCUUCUGUCUGCUUCAAUCGUCUCCAAAGCUUUUUCCCAUUCGUCCUCUCCUUCCUCCGCCCAGCGCUUCAGACAACAAGCUUUCUUGUCUUCCCUCUCCUCUUCCUCCUCGGUGAAAAACUCCUCCUCAGUUUCUCCGUCGAACUCCCCACUUCGCUCCCCCUCCCCAUCCUCAAAUUCAUUUUCUUCAUCCCCUCCUCCUCACAAGUCAUUUAUCCCGUCUCUGAAUCUAAGUCAUCUCCUCCCCUCAUCUAGCCACAUCUUGUCGCCAUCCCACGCUAGUUCCAGCCCGGCCUACUGCGGGCCCUGCAGCAGCAAACGCCAGCACUGCCUCGCCCUCGCCUCCACCUCCAGCACCGCCUCCACCUCCCAACACAGCUACUACUCUUCAUCGUCCUACUCCUCAUCCUCACCCUCCUCGUCCUCCACCUCCUCCUCCCUGUCUCCCACCUCAUCUUCCUCCUCCCCUCCCUCCCCGUCUACCUCCCUUCUCCCCACCAUGGCGAGCCAUAGGGCAAGGAGUGUCCGAACGUCAGGGUCCAACCCCAGCACUCCGAACCAUGGCAAGAAACGCACCGGAGGCCAGGCCGGCCGAGUCCCGCGCACAGUGGCAGCGACCUUGAAGGACGCAGCGUGAUGUUUUCAUCUACAAUUUAGGCUUUAAAACAUGUAAGUGCAGAGAGAAACGGCUCACCCAGCUGAUGUGUCCCUACAGCAAUAUUGUGUGAUGUUUACUUUUCUACAUUUUUUGGAUGGGUUGUGGACAAAGAGAAGGCAUGUAAAACCUUAAAAAAUGGGUAUGGGCAAAUUUGAUAAGUAACAGCAAGUAUACCAAAGAUAUGUUUGGGGCCACAUGAGAGCACUGUUUAUUUUAGUUUAUUUUUAAUUGUAAAAUGUCCCACUCACUUCAUAUCUACAUUACUGUUCUAUAAUAACCAAAUUUAAAGAAUUUUAUUUUUAGGGUUGUUACUAUUUUUAAGUUUUUAAUUUAUUUUUGGAAAAUCCUACCAUCUACUAAAUCUGUAACGAAAUUAAAUAUUGACCAUAAUAAAAGCACCACAGGUGGUGCAUUGUACAUUUGUAAAAUGCACUGUGACACUGAUGUGACACAGUUACUGUAGUUCUCUGUGAGGCAGUGAAGGCCCCGCUGAUCAUCAGAAUAGUCCGUUCUAAAAACAUAGUUCAGGAUUAGGCUACAUGGAUGUAUUCAAAUGAAGUCAGUUCAGCUUUCAUGUUAGUUUGAAGUUGCUCAUAGUGGAAUUUUGAAUGCCUUGCACUGCCCCGUGAGGGCUUAGGGCUGUCCCAAUGUCAAAGUGCAUGAGGGCUCUCC